AUGGCUUCUUUGCAAGAGAUUGAUCGUUCUCGCUGGACUUCCCACCGUGCGAAUCUUUCAGGAACACCGUCUUCUCCAUCAGAAGUUACCAUUCACUACAUCCUAUGUCACCCUCCUUCCAACAUUACCUCGAAGGGUACCAUCCUUCUUAUACACGGCUAUCCAGAAACAUCGUAUCAAUUUCGACAUGUAAUUACACCUCUUGCAGAUGCAGGAUACACGGUCGUCGCCCCUGAUUACCGUGGAGCAGGCGAAUCAUCUCAUCCUCGUGAUGGAUACGAGAAGGUUCAAAUGGCAUCUGAUCUCCACGAAGUUAUCCAAAAUGAUCUGGAUAUUAAAGAUAAAAUCCACGUGGUUGGUCAUGAUAUCGGUGGGAUGGUUGCUCAUGCAUAUGCAGCUCAGUUUCCUGAAGAUACAGCAUCUGUUGCGUGGGGAGAGUGUCCUCUUCCAGGAACAGACGCUUAUAACAACGCUGUCAAAGAAGGUAUCACGGGAGGUCUAUGGCAUUUUGUCUUUCAUUGGCAAACAGACUUACCUGAAGCUCUCACUGCUGGUCGAGAGCAGAUUUACAUCAAAUCAUUCUAUGAUCGCCUAUGCUACAAUGCUUCGGCUUUCUCGCCAAGCGAUGUUGAGCACUAUGCAAGUAAGUUUGCUCAACCGGGUGGAAUGCGUGCCGGAUUCGAUGUAUAUCGUGCGUUUCACCAAGAUGCUGAAGAUAAUCUUCGUAUGUUGAAAGGUGGGAAGUGUAAAGUUCCAAGUAUGUCGUUGAUGGGAGAUAAGAGUUUCUUGGCAACUAUUGCAAAUCAACAGAAUGAACAGAUGUAUGAGACUACAUCGUCUGCUCGUAUCCCUGGCUCGGGCCAUUGGUGUGCGGAAGAGAAUCCGGCUGGUUUUGUGGAAGCUGUGCUUAAAUGGACGAACAAGAACUCGUGA